AUGGGUCUCCUCAAUCCCUCACCCCACGACAACACCAGAACGGCUGGAUUCGUACGAGCUUUCCGGCAUAGGUGGAUUGCGCCACCUCAGGAGACAACCGAAUCGUAUGAAGGCCGGAUUGUCAUCGUCACUGGUGCAUCGUCAGGUAUCGGUCGGGAAGCCGCUGCCAAGUUCGCGCAGCUUGGUGCUUCUAAGGUCAUACUCACUGCUCGAGAUUUGAAGAAAGGCGAGAAGGCCAAGGAGGACAUUAUGACCCGAAUCGGUCAGACGGAUCGGCUGGAGGUGUGGGAGCUGGAUAUGGACUCGUACGACUCCAUCACUGCUUUCGCGCAGAAAGCCAACAAUCUCGAUCACCUGGAUGUUGUUGUUCUCAACGCGGGCAUCCAUCGGGGCAAGUUCGAACCCACACGAUAUGGGUGGGAGGAAGACCUGCAGGUCAACUCGCUGUCUUCUACCUUGCUCGCCAUUUUGCUAUUGCCUAAGUUGAAAGCACCCCGCCAUCCCUCGAGGAAGAUCCCGAUACUCGAGUUUGUCAAUUCUGGAGCUCAUCAAUUUGCUAUUGUUAGUAAAGAGGUUCAAGAGCAAGACAGUGUCCUCGAGUGCUACAACAAGACCGAACAGUUUAACGCCUGGCGCCAAUACAGUGUCACCAAACUCUUUCAAAUGUACGCGAUGACCAUGCUGGCCGAACGGGUGUCCUCUGGAGAUGUUAUCAUAACUUCGGUGUGUCCAGGUCCGGUGAGUUCUGACAUUGGCCGGGACUAUACUGCCAAGUAUCCUACCAUCUCGGCUUUCUUCAUGUUCAUCUUGGGGUAUCUCUUCUUUCACAUACCCUCGACGGGCGCGAAUCCAGUAUUAAGCGGAACAACCCAGGGCGAGGCAUUGCAUGGCAGGUUCUGGAAGUAUGAUACCAUCAUGCCUGUCGCACCGACUCUGAAGGGGGAAGAAAACAAGCAACUGAGGCAGCGGGUCUGUGAAGAGAUGCUGCAGGCUUUGGAGAAAGACGGCGUCCGCGUACCGCCCCAGGCACCCGGCUGGAUGCCCAAGCCCUUCCGCCGCAAGCCUUCCGCCUACGGAACGUCAUCACUCCUUCGCUACCUGUUUCCCCACACGAGCCAACGCGCACGCGCUCAACUGUCCAAGUUCCGCCACGAGACCCUGCCCACGUUCAAGCACCGCACGCAGUCCCGCAUAUACAAAUACAUAGUCUAUAGGCAGUCCCGCAAGCUGAUCAAGCCGGGCAUACUCCAGCGACUGCGCGGCCACACCAGGAAGCUCGUAGGCAACAAUUACCUCGAACAUGAAGCGCGGCUGCGGCGCCAGAAGCUGACCAAGACUGCUACAAGCGGAGAGUCUCAGGGUAAGGCGAUGAGUUACCAAGACAGUUAUGCGCCGCGGGAGCCGGGCCAGCGAAGGAAGAAGCUCGCAGGAUACCUCAAGGCGGCGAAUGAGCUGCGCCAGACGUAUCAGCAACAGUAUGCGCCGAGCUGGACCCGGUCCGAGGGAACGUACGAGUACGAAGAUGACACGCCAGGGGCCUUCCCCGACGCUGCUAUCGUGCGCAGCGGCGACGAGGAGAUGAUACUGUUUCCCAGCUAUGCACGGAAGCACGUGAAGAAGAAGCCCGAAGCAGAACCGGGAACGAUACAAGAAACCCCGGGUGAUGGCCGCGACGUGCGAGAUACAACAGGCGCCGGCGAUGCCGAGUUCUGGAAGCAGCAAUGGGAUAACUACGAGGACGACAACGCCAUCGUUGAUGUGGACGUGAGAGGGUGGAUAUACUCGCCGCACAAAGGGCACAUGUCUCGGAAACAACGCCUCUUUGUUGGACUUGCGCGACAGCUUGUAGGGAUAUCAGCUCCAGCCGCUGGCACGCAAUCCUCCAGCGCGUCCGUAAGCCCACGCCCCAGCAGGGAGCCAAGUCCGGGCCGGCUCACCCACCACGAGCGGGCGCAGAUGAAGCAAGCACAACAGGACGAACAACUUGCCGCAAAGGAAGCAGAGGAGCUCUUACGGAGAGGCGAACGAGAAGCUGAGGCGGCAGCCAAAGGAGCCUACAGCGAGAAGCCCAGCGACGAUGCAGACAGUAUAAGAGAUGUCCGCACAAACAAUCUCUCUCACAGAACAUCAAACAACUCACUGAACAGCUUGGACAACAUUAAGCCGCUGCAAAAACGGGUGUCGUGGAACCAGCCAUCCGAAAUGAGUCCCGCAGAAGCUGCAGAAGCACAUGCGCGCCUCAUGGCUCGCCUUCGCCACUUCCUCGCCAUACCCAUGGCUAACACACCCAUCAGUGUCUUCUUCUACAAUGAGCAGAUCUCGAAACAAAGGACCGUCUACACGAAUCCAUCCGGCCACUUCAGUGUGAGCGCAGCCUUGGACUUCGUGCCCACCCAUGUUCGUAUCCUUGCAUCCGAGCAACUGUCUGCGACGGAGAAGGUUAUCAUUACGGAGUCCCAGGGUGUCAGUGUAAUUAGUGACAUUGAUGACACCAUCAAGCACUCUGCGAUUAGCAGUGGAGCCCGCGAAAUCUUCCGAAAUGCAUUCAUUCGAGAGUUAGGCGACCUCACCAUCGAUGGCGUUCGCGAAUGGUACAACAAGAUGGCGGAUAUGGGAGUAAAAUUCCAUUACGUUUCCAAUUCGCCUUGGCAGCUGUAUCCUGUCAUAUCCAAAUAUUUUUCGCUGGCUGGAUUGCCGAACGGUUCGUUCCAUUUGAAGCAGUACAGCGGCAUGUUGCAGGGCAUCUUUGAGCCGGUCGCGGAGAGGAAGAAGGGCACGCUUGAUAAAAUCGCACGAGACUUCCCGGAGAGAAAGUUCAUCUUGGUCGGCGACAGCGGAGAGGCUGACCUUGAGGUGUACACCGACUUUGUGUUGGAGAACCCCGGAAGAGUAAUUGCUGUCUUCAUACGAGAUGUGACAUCGUCUGAUGGUGGAGGGUUCUUUGACCCUUCCGUUGAUCCCAUGUCCCGCGGCAGUCUGACACGGUCGUCUGAACAGGGCAAUGGGAACCCAUCAAGCAGGUCGCAGGCGUCUUCCGAGGACAAUGAUCCGGAGUACAGAGCAGCCAUUGCAGCUUCACUACGCGAGAUGGAAAAGGAAGAAGAAAGAAAAUCGCGAUCGCUAUUUCCUCCACUGGAAGAGGAUCACCCAGCGUUACGACCUCAGUUACCACCUCGGAGAUCCGAUCCCGAAGCUGCGUCGCCACCACCCAUGCAGAAUCUCAUCGAUCUUGAAUCGGAUGAUGAGCCGAAGAUGAAGCCUACCAUCCGACGCCAGUUAGGUCGGUUAUCACAACAAUCCUCCAACGCAUCCACAGGAAAGCCACCUAUCGCUCCAAAUCCAAACCUCCAGUCUCAGCAAAGCUACGCUGGCAUGGCCCGCGAUAAAUUGUACUCGGUGUACAACAAUCUACCAGCCGCGUCAUCGUACCUACAAUCGAACUCGUCAGAGUCUGAUGAUACUGCCAGUACUAAGAAAGCCCCUCCCCCUCCCCCUCCCCCCCGCCGCGGCUUAACAGCUUCCCCAGCCGCAGCCGCGGGCUACGUCGGCACUAAAGCGCACGCCGCAUGGCAACACGCACCGCCCAUUCCGCACCACAGCACCCGGCCCAACGCGUCUACCACUCAACCCUUUUCGACCAAUGCAACAAACCAGCUGCCGCACCGAACGAACACUGGAUCCACGCUGGGAGCCAACGGGUACGGCGAGGCGGGUAGGGUGGUCGACAAGAGAGAGAUGCUGUGGCGGCAGAGGUGGGCGAGGGCAGAGCAAGUGCUUGGGGAGCAGGGCGUUGUAUUGAGGAGUUGGAGGGUUGGCAGUGAUGUCGAGGGGAUAGCGGAGAAGGUUGUCAAGGAGGCAGCAGAAAGGGAGAAGAGGGAGGGCAGUGGGAGUGCGGAAAGGAGUAGGUAG